ACAAAAUAUAUAGAUUAACCGAUGCGGCGGAGACUCCAUCGUUUUGCUCCUCCACACACCUAGUUGCGAGAAAGCCAGGAACCUUCGAUCAAUGCAAUCGGGAAACUAAAAAAAGGUUGAAGCUUUAGUUUCUAUACCCUAUUUUAACAUAUUUUUUUGCUUUGUGGAAACGUCAUUGUUAAUUGCACUUAUUUGGGGAUGGGUGAUCUUCUCUGACCUCUGUUCUCCAUGAUUGCUUCUUACAAGAGCGCCCAAAGUUUUUUCCUUUUUUGGAGCUUCCUAGUGUUCAAAUAUCCCCAUUAAUUCAAAAGUUUCAAACGGGGAAAAUGUUUUUUUUUUUUUUUUUUUUUUUAUCAUUGUUAAAUUGCAAUUUUGGGAUGUGGAUCUUCUCUAAUCUCUCUUCUCCAUGAUUUCCUCUGGUUGGUUCCUACAAGCGCUCUCAAAGCUUUUAGCUUCCACUAGUUUAUACAUAGAAUGGUUUUGAUGAUGUAGCUGUUGUAAGUUUGACACUCCGGGAGUGCUUCAGGAACUUUGUCGAUAGAACACUCGCUUUGCAAUGCGCUUCUCCUAAUGUCUUAGAGCGUGGCGUAGUGGACCUGGACGUUAGUUUAGCUCCUCACGCUGAAAUCUUUUUACCUCAUGCGCUCUACACGAGCAAGACGCUCGUUAAGCUUUCACUGGGAACCAAGAUUAGUUUAGGAAAGCUUCCUCCAGAUUUGUCUCUUCCAGCGCUUAAGACUCUCUUCAUCGAUGCUAUCUUUUUUGAAUAUGAAGAUCUGUGUUACGUGCUUCUUCCUGGUUGUCCCGUGCUCGAGGAGCUUUUUGUACGUCACAAGGACUUUUUCGCACAACCAUACUGCAUAUCCAGUCGGACCAUCCAUAAACUAACAGUUCAAUACGAUUCUGACUUUGGUAUUGGCUCUCUCACUGAAAUGUCAUUUGAUGCCCCAAGUCUUGUCUUCCUGGACUACUCCGAUUAUGCCCUGUGUAGCUAUCCACAAGUUAACUUGAAGUCCCUAGUCGAAGCUAGGCUGGACCUUCGUUAUCAUUCUGAAGUCAAUAGGCCAAAUAUAUGGGGUCUCUUAACAGGGAUAAGCCACAUUAAGACCCUGCAUCUUUCUGCCAAUUCUGCCGAUGUGAUCUCUCGAUGUGUUAAACAUGGACUACUACUACCGGUGUUUAACAAUCUGGUAAGCUUGACCUUUGGGAGUAAGAAUAAACGAGGUUGGAGACUACUGCCGUAUCUGCUUAAGCAGUCUCCAAUGCUUGAAACUCUAACCAUCCAGGGUCUGGAUGGUCAUAUAUCUGAUGUGACUAUGCGUGCAUCCCAAGUGGAAGUGUGGUUAGCGAGGCACACUGCUUAAGACUUGGAGCACUUGAAGAGUUUCCUUGGGGAAAAUAAAUACCCAAAUAUGGGAAUGACCAACUGGACUAUCUUGCAUAAACAUAAUAAUUAUACAAGAAGCUUGUAAAGUCUUGCUUAACUUAUAAAUUCAUACUAAAAAUUCUUACUAAAAUUCAUAUCUAAUUCUUAGGUAUUUUGAUACAAAAUCGUUCAAAAUUUUCAUAUUUGUGAGUC